AUGCGGGAUCAAAAUGAGGGCGUUAGACGGAAUGCAAUGGAAGCAUUGAAAAAGAUGGGCGAAAAGGCAUGGACGAAUGAGGUCAUCAGUGCUCUAGCGAAUGCAAUAUGUGAUAAAAAUGAGUAUGUUCGAAACUGUGCAUCAGAAGCAUUGGGAAAUAUGGGUGAAAAAGCUGCGACGAAUGAGGUGAUCCGUGCUCUAUUGAAUGCAUGUGUUGAUAUAGUACACGUGUCUAAACAUGCAUAUCUAUCUGAAGACGUAUUGUCGAAGUCUCUUGUUCUCGCAAUGUGUUCAUAUGAAGCCCUGCGGAGGCUAGACGUGAAAAUGGUCGCAAAACUUAACUAUUGUGUGAGAGAAUUAGAUAGUAUGGAUUUGACAUCAAUGCCCGUGGAACAUUUGUUGAAGAUUUACGUGUCAACAGAAAAUGACGGUUGGCUUCCGUUGAUUGCGUAUGGUGCAUUAUUACAAGGGAUAGCUUUAACUGCAAUUGGUAAUACUGUUAAAAUCUACUUCGGUGGUGGGACUCAUGUAGUGAAUGUCUGUGAUGACCAAUUGAUGAAGAAUCUGGUAGGUGCUUUUAGCCGUCAGGCGCAAGUACUGAAAGGCCAAUUUGAGGAAUAG